UUCUUUUCUUUUUUUCAGCUUAGAAGGAACGAAAGAGGAAAAGCUUCAAGGCAUGGAGAAGGAAGAGAUUCAAGGCGUCGUAGAGAGCAAUUCGCCCUCAAACUUGCUUAAAAAUGCUAAAUCUAAUCUCAUUACUGCUACUACCGAUGACAGUUUGAAGGAAAUCUUUCGCCAAAUCAAAGCCUCCAGAAGCCCCACGGUUAUCAACUACGGCGCGUCAUGGUGCCGUGUUUGCAGUCAGAUCCUCCCUGCAUUUUGCGAAUUGAGCGGCAAGUUUUCGAAGCUAUCCUUUGUUUAUGCUGAUAUCGACGAAUGCCCAGAGACGACGCAGCACAUACGGUACACGCCCACGUUCCAUUUCUACAGAGACGGUGAAAGGGUUGACGAGAUGUUUGGGGCCGGAGAAGAGCGUCUGCACGAUCGCCUCUGGCUGCACUCGUGAGAAAAGACGGGCAGUUUCCGACGCGAAGACGAACGUGACGCUAAAUUAUUGUGUUAUAUGAACACGACACUGAAUUAUCGUGUUAUGAUCGUGUCGAAUUGAUAGAGUUGGACACUAAGCUUUAACCCAUAAUUUUGUGUUUAUCUCUGUCAAAAAUUGUCAGCUAUAAUUUACGUGAUUAAUGGAAAAUCUUUCCUCUAUAA